AUGGUUUCUUCGACAUUGUUGUGUCUAGUGUUGCUGCAGGCUGUUGGUGCUCUUGGGUUUCCGGCAACUCUGAAGCUGGAAAGAUCGUUUCCCACCAACCAUGGCGUUGAGUUGAAGCAACUCACGGAAAGAGAUGGUGUAUAUGGAACCUAUGAUCCUUUUGAUGCUGGACAAAUUAUAUCCGUCAUUUCCCAAAUUUCAUCACAAGGGAUUGCACCAAAUUCCUUUGGACAUUGUCUAGCUGGUGGUGAUGGAGGUGGGAUUUUGGCCUUUGGCACACCAGUCAUGCCCGAUCUAGUCUUCACUCCACUUGUGAAGUCAAUGAUGAAGCUGGAAAGAUCGUUUCCCACCAACCAUGGCGUUGAGUUGAAGCAACUCACGGAAAGAGAUGGUGUAAGACACCAUAGAAUACUACACAAGUGUGCUGAUCCAAAUGUGGUUGUUGGAUUUGAAGUAUAUGGAACCUAUGAGCCUUUUGAUGCUGGGAAGCGAAUUGUUGUGGGUCGGUUGCAAACCCUGUCAAUCUUGCCCCUACAUCAUCCACACUACAAAUUCCUAUUACUAUCUAUGAUCCUGCAAACUCGUCAACAUCUUCUGCUAUCUUAUGCUAGGACGAAAGAUGUUCUCCAAAAUCCAACUCUUGUUCAGAUAACCAAUGCACCUACGAUCUCCACUAAGGGCUGUAGCACAUCCGAAACAGGACAGAUAAGUCAAACGGAAAGAACACUUGAUGAGAUUAUAGGAUUGGGCAGACAAAUUAUAUCCGUCAUUUCCCACAUUUCAUCACAAGGGAUUGCACCAAAUUCCUUUGGACAUUAUCUAGCUGGUGGUGAUGGAGGUGGGAUUUUGGCCUUUGGCACACCGGUCAUGCCCGAUCUAGUCUUCACUCCACUUGUGAAGUCAAUGUAA